AUUGACAACUCGACUCUCCAAUAGUCAGAGCCUUAGGACCUGCCCCUUCUGGCUCCGGGGCUAGAAAAGAGAGUCGAUGCCGGGCCGCAGUGAUGAGCCCUGGGAGACGCUGGCUGUUAGGUUUUCCGAGGAGCGGCUGCUACUGGUGGCCUUUUUGCAGAUAUAUUGUUGUCACUGAACUCUGGCCCUUUGGAAAGCCCUAGAGAAGCUCAGCCAUCAAUAUGUCCAAGUACAAACUGAUUAUGUUAAGACAUGGAGAGGGUGCCUGGAAUAAAGAGAACCGCUUUUGUAGCUGGGUGGAUCAGAAACUCAACAGUGAUGGACUGCAGGAAGCGCGGAACUGUGGGAAGCAACUCAAAGCACUAAACUUUGAGUUUGAUCUCGUGUUCACAUCCAUCCUGAACCGGUCUAUCCACACAGCCUGGCUGAUCCUGGAAGAGCUGGGGCAGGAGUGGGUUCCUGUGGAGAGCUCCUGGCGUCUCAACGAGCGUCACUAUGGAGCCUUGAUCAGUCUCAACAGGGAGCAGAUGGCGUUGAAUCACGGUGAGGAGCAGGUGAGGCUGUGGAGAAGGAGCUACAACGUGACCCCUCCUCCCAUCGAGGAGUCCCAUCCUUACUACCAUGAAAUCUACAACGACCGGAAAUAUAAAGUGUGUGAUGUGCCUUUGGAUCAGCUGCCACGAUCCGAGAGCUUAAAGGAUGUUCUGGAGAGACUCCUUCCCUAUUGGAAUGAGAGGAUUGCUCCUGAAGUUUUGCGUGGUAAAACCGUUCUGAUAUCUGCUCAUGGAAAUAGCUGCCGGGCACUCCUGAAAUAUCUGGAAGGUAUCUCGGAUGAAGAAAUUAUCAACAUUACUCUUCCUACUGGGGUCCCCAUUCUCCUGGAACUGGACGAGAACCUGCAUACUGUUGGGCCUCACCAGUUCCUGGGCGACCAAGAGGCUAUCCAAGCAGCCAUUAAGAAAGUUGACGAUCAAGGAAAAGUGAAACGAGCUGACAAAUAAAGUCUUUCCCAUGUAAUGGCUAGGAAUAGCUGCAGAAGGAAUGGCAUGCGGUGUGUUAUGAGUGCUCAUCUCCCUUUUUUUUUUCUUUUUUUUUCUGUCUUCCCACCUGAUUUUUCCAGAUCUAGGCUGUGGGGUAGAGUUUGUAGAGGUAAUUAGGUCUUAACGUUGGCCCAGUUAAAGGCUUUAGGAUGCCCAAAUGCUUAUGUCAUAGCCUUAUGUGCUAACCCCGGCCGGCCUCCUUUUAAUUAGUCACUAAGUUAAUCACCAGUGGGGCUUAAUCAAUGUCCUAAGUUUCUGAGAUGGAAAAGCAACAAGUGAAGGUUAAGUUCAAGGUCGUCCUCAUUCAGUAAAUCAGUAUUGAGUCACUAUUGACAGACCUUCACUUCAAUAAGACGUUUGUAUUUAUAGAAAAUUUCUGGGAUGAUAAUAAAGGAUAUUAGAUAAUA